AUGAGGGCAAGGCCAGGUGAGGCAAGGCCCAGGAGUGCAAGGCCAAGCCGGGCCAGCCUAGGCCGGGCCAGCCUAGGCCGGGCCAGGCCCCGGAGAGCCAGACCAGGCCGGGCCAGGCCCCGAAGGGCCAGGCCGGGCUGGGCCAGGCCCCGGAGGGCAAGGCCAGAAUGGGCCAGGCCCCGGAAGGCAAGGCCAAGCCGGGCCAGGCCUGGCUGGACCAGGCACCGGAGGGCAAGGCCAGGCCAGGCCAUGCUGGGCCAGGUCCAUGAAGGCAAGGCCAGGCAUGGCCAGGCCCAUGAGGGCAAGGCCAGGCCGGGCCAGGCCCCGGAGAGCCAGACCAGGCCGGGCCAGGCCCCGGAGGGCAAGGUCGGGCCGGGAGCGGCCCCGGAGGGCAAAGCUAGGUGGUGCCAGGCCCUGGAGAGCAAGGCCAGGCUGGGCCCGGCACCAGAGGGCAAGGCCAGGCGGGGCCAGGACCUGGAGGGCAAGGCCAGGCCGGGCCAUGCCCCGGAGGGCAAGGCCAGGCACCUUUCGGACUCCGCGAAGCACCCAAGGCCAGAGGAAGGCCCUCUGGGACACGUGAGCGAGCCUUGCGGGGAAGCUCGGGGCCGCAACACCCAAGGUGUUCUGGCCCAGGCCUCCCCUUUCCGUCUAGCGAGGCAAAGAGUUCGGGCCCAUGGCAAGGAGGAGCCCUGUGCCAUCUAUGGCCCGCCAGGGCAAGAGGCCUUCAGUUCUUGCCAGUGGGCAGCCACACUCACAGUGGACUGGAGCUUGAGCUCCAUGGGCUUGGCAGCGGUGGUGCAGGGGCCGCAGCGUCGCCUCUUCUCUGGGCCCCGAUCCCUCCUGCCACCCACCCCACCCCCACCCCUGACCCCCACCUCCCCGCCAGGCCUCCACCUGCAGGGCUUUGCUCGGGGAGAGGGGGGAGGCGGGGCUCAGCGCUUUAGCUGGGAGUCGGUCCUCUCCAGGGUAGAAGAAGCUGCAAAGAUGUCCGAUUUUGUGAAGAGGGAAGCUGAAGUGUCAGAAGAAGAAUACAACGAUGACAGCGAGGUGGAGCCCCGAGUUACCAAGAAAUUGGUGCAAGAGGAAGAUGAUGAUGAGGAGGAGAACCUGGAUGAUCAAGACGAGCAAGGGAACCUGAAAGGCUUUAUCAAUGAUGACGAUGAUGAAGAGGAAGGGGAAGAGGAUGAAGGUAGUGACUCUGGUGAUUCAGAAGAUGAUGUCGGCCAUAAGAAGAGGAAACGAACAUCUUUUGACGACCGUCUGGAAGAUGAUGAUUUUGACCUCAUUGAGGAGAAUCUGGGAGUCAAAGUCAAAUGA